CUUUUUUUUAAGUCGUCGAGAUAUUUGUUUUGGGCAGGUGUGUUUCUGCUGUGUGGACCUGUGGGAAUCCAACAGUAGAAAAGUUGUACGUACUGGAAACGCGUUCAGUUAAGGUCUUUACUUGUUCGUACUUUGUUUUCAUUAUACCGUAACACGUCUUGUGUUUCUGGUGCUUGUUUCUCCUACUUAUUUCUUUCUUUAGGCUUUUUUAAAUUUACUUUUAUUUAAAUCCAAUUUAAAAGCAUACAGACUCAUAGAAACAUUAUAUCGACGAGAACGAACGGUUUACAACAAAUAGGUGAUCAUUUUUGCACUGAUCAUUUAAUAGUUCUUCAAUUCCAUUCACGUGUACACAGAACAUCGGCAUAAUUUACGGCAUACCAUCCUUUUCUAUAAUCUAAUUGACUCUUUUCUGGAUUGGCUCUCUUGAUUUGUACUACUAAAAUGGUUUUCUACGAGCUCUUCUGUAUAAGCCGACCUUUUGUGCGAAAAAUGGUCUACACAGAAGCUACGGAUAUAGCAAAGAAUCUCGCAAAGCGUUGCGGAACCAUUUUACUUGAUCGAAGAGGGGCAAUUGAUGGAUUCGAAGUUUAUGGUCUAAAAGAACUUGAUAAACCAAUUAAGAAACAAGGCGAGAAAUACGAUUUCGGAUUUUGGUGGGGAAUGCGGUUUCACUGCAGCACAUUUGCCCAGUACGAGAUGUUCAAGACGCUGCAUCAGGAUCCUUCUGUUCUGCGGUUUAAUAUUAUUCGGAAAGCUUAUAAGAUUGAUCAACUUUAAAUGAUUUAAUGAGCAAAAACAACAUGUGUUUUUGGCUCAUGUAUUAAUGACUGUAAUUGUAAUGUAAACAAAGCUCUCAUGUUUUAUGCUCUUUUUACAAAACAUUUGAACGUUCACCCAGUACUUUGAGAGGUUUUAUGUUUGGUUGCAUAUUUUCUCGUUUCAUCACUUUCACUUGGUUUUCGUUUGUCCCCAUUGGAAGCACACAGACACGGUUUAGUGUUUGUGUUGGAAUGACAGAGUACGGAUUUUCCUGGACUCUAGCACGAAGCCCCAUUUCCAAACGUUUAGAUCGUUGCUCCCUCGACUCGGCAAAGCAAACAAAGAUACGUUUUUCACCAACCACAACCCCGUUCAUACGAGUUAUGGCUGAAAACGCUUCUUCUGGCUUUGAGAACGCAACAAAACCAUAUCCUUUUGGUAUAUCUGUAUCGGGUAUACAGGGUAAACAAGAUGAUGUAAUAUGACCAAAAGGUUCAAACAGCUGUUCAAGCAACGUUUUUGAGUAAAUAAGCUUAUCAUCCAAAUUCUUGACGAAUACAUUGCAUGGAUCUUCAGGUUCGUAAUUCUGUUGCUCCGCCGCCGAGGUGUUCAUACCACAUGCACUCCAUGCACGAGCAUACGCUUGUUCCUUCUGAAGUGCCAGAGAGACAGCAAGGACCUGUCGCAUGUCAGGCGACAUUUGUGCGCGCGAUGAGAAAUAGCUCGGUGCCUUGACGAAAAAAUCGAGCUUUCGGUCAUGGUACUCAUAUUCUUUAUAAUACUCCAAUAGCUAUAAUUUUGUCAGCAAGCGAAGUCAUUGAGGACUGUUUACCUGAAUGCAAUCGUAGUAUGUAGGAAUGAGAACUUCUGCAUACGUUGAUUCGCUAUUUGGAGGAGCUUGGUUAAUUGCCGUUCCGACAAUUUUGGCAUGUUUCUUAAAGUCAUUAUAAAGUUGGAGUGGUGUAACAUUUGUAGGGAAAUUUAAAAUUCCAAUUGCUAGAAAACAAUAUCCAGACUGAGAUUUCUUUCUUGCGGAUUUCGUUUUUGACGAUGAUACUAAAUCUUUCGAAGAAAACUGGUUGGUAAUGUCUGUAUCAUCGCCUUCCAUAAUGCUAGUGGCGGCAUUUUUCGACUUCUCCAAAUUCGUCACAUUCUUAAAGACACGUUUUCUUCGCCGAUGACGAACAAUCCUAUGAAUGGUUAGUCGUUCAUCCUCUCAAUGAAGUAAGAAACACUGUCAUACACUUUAUUUCCGCAAAGAAUAGUGUCGUUUAAUGCUUCAAUGGCUUGUUCCACUUGCAUCGUGUUUGAAAACACGACAAAAGCAAAUUUGGUAGCUUUUCUUUUAAAAUUUGAGUUCCUGGUAUCAUUAUUGUGCAAUUGAAUAACUACUAUCUCUCCUAUACAGUUGUUUAGUAUUAAUGCUAAAACAAAAAAUGUUAAA